AGGAGUGUGACCCGAGGAACCUCAAACAUGAGUCAAUCCCGAAACAACAAACUCCACCAAAUAUCGGAUUAUCAUCACAAACCUUAAUUCCUACUCCAGAAACUAUUCAUGCUAUACAUCGAGGAUAUAAUAAAUCAGAUAAUCCAGCAGGGACUCAUGUGUUUGUCUUGGGGAGCCCUGUAUAAUCCAGCACCCCUCCAUGGAUUAACCGCAGAGAAAAGCUGAAUCCAGUCAUUCUGCUCGAAGAGGGUCGCGGCACCGGUGCAACAUGCCCCUUCCGUUCGGAUUAAAGCUCAAGAGAACCAGAAGAUACACGGUGUCCAGCAAAAGCUGCCUGGUGACCCGCAUACAGCUGCUCAACGCUGAAUAUGUGGAGUUCACGCUUUCGGUGGAAAGCACGGGACAGGAAUGUCUGGAGGCAGUCGCACAGAGACUCGAGUUACGGGAGAUAACGUAUUUCAGCCUCUGGUACUGCAACAAACAAAACCAGCAGAGAUGGAUUGAUCUGGAGAAGCCGGAGAAGCCGCAGCUUGACAAGUACGGACUGGAGCCGACCGUUUACUUUGGGGUGGUGUUCUACGUGUCAUACGUGUCAUAG